AUGUUUAACUUAACUGUAUAUGAAGUAGCUCCUCCUCAUAAUGCACAUUACUUUACAUGGACCGAAAUUAAUGGAAAACGUGGUAGUUCAGAGAUUGGUUCCUGUCUUCUUAAGUGGAUUCAAACAUUACCCACUGAAGUAACAAAUAUAACACUAUAUUCAGAUUCAUGUGGUGGCCAGAAUAGGAAUCAUAAUAUUAUGGCACUAAUGAUUUAUAUUAUUCAAAGAACAAACAUAAAUCAAAUAGAACAUAAAUUUAUGGAGAGUGGCCACUCCAUGAUGGAGGUUGAUUCCAUGCACAGUGCUAUAGAAAAUGCCAAAAGAAAUAUUCCAAUUUACGCGGUUUAA